UAGCAGACUACAUACCGCCAAUCCGCCAGUUGUACUCCCCCAAUCCGACCUCAAUAUCCAAUAAAGCAGCCGGCAGCACCAGUUCAGUCAUCGCAAUGUCCGACUUCGAAGAUGAGAUGGACGUGGAUGCGCCCGCCGUAGACAACUCUAUCACAUUUGGCGGAGACCAGAAGAAAGGCAAGAGGAGCGCUGCAAACCUGCCUGUUGAGGCUGAGGACUCUUUGCCAUGGGUAGAGAAGUAUAGGCCAAACUCUUUAGAUGACGUCGAAGGCCACAAGGAUAUAAUAGCUACCAUAAACAAAUUCGUAGACUCAAAUCGACUGCCCCAUCUCCUCCUUUAUGGCCCACCAGGUACCGGAAAGACGUCGACCGUCCUCGCACUCGCACGUCGCAUAUACGGGAACAAGAACAUGCGACAAAUGGUCUUGGAGCUCAACGCAUCAGAUGACAGAGGUAUCGACGUCGUGCGAGAGCAGAUCAAGACAUUCAGUAGCACAAAGCAGAUCUUCGCUGCGGCGCCUAAAGCAGGAGACUCAUCGCUUGCGACAUUCAAGCUCAUCAUCCUGGACGAGGCAGAUGCCAUGACUGCGACUGCCCAGAUGGCCCUGCGCCGCAUCAUGGAGAAGUACACCGCCAACACACGCUUCUGCAUCAUCGCAAACUACACACACAAACUUUCGCCCGCCCUGUUAUCGCGAUGCACGAGGUUCAGGUUCUCUCCGCUCAAGGAUCAGGACAUCAGGAAUUUAGUUGACAAAGUCAUUGAGGAGGAGAAGGUCAACGUCACACAAGAUGCCACCGACUCGCUUGUCACGCUCAGCAAAGGAGACAUGAGGCGCGCACUGAAUGUAUUGCAGGCCUGCCACGCAUCAAGCACGCCGCUUCAAACACCGGGCAAGCCUGUACCCGACCCGAGCACCAUCGUACGCGACCAGAUCACGCAGACUACCAUCUACGACUGCAUAGCAGCCCCGCACCCCUCAGACAUCAAGUACAUCAUCGAGACGUUGCUAUCGAAGAACGACAUGACGGAGUGUUUGAGGACGGUCAACAACCUGAAGAUCAUGAAGGGACUUGCGUUGGCAGAUAUCCUGACUGCAAUUAGUGAGGAGCUGGUCAGUAACGAAGUUCCACCCCAGGUCAUGGUGACGUGGAUGGCAGGCCUGGCAGAUAUAGAAUACAGGCUGAGUGGAGGUGGAAGUGAAUCCAUACAGACGGGCGCGGCGAUUGGCGUUGUAAGGACAGGCGUGGAGUUGCUAGAGACGGGCAAGAAGUAGCGCUACCCACAUGAGUUGUGGCAAAAGAUGCAUGCAGGAGUGUUGGCAAAAUGAUACCAUUCGAUGCGCAGAAGCAAUGCGACAAGAUUUGAUUCGCCGCCGACCAACGAUCGAAAACGUGAUGUUGUACUACGAUAGUGUGGGGUGAUUGAGUGUCAAGACUGGGAGGGAAGUAGCACGGCCAUUGCAUGUUGUGGCAAAAGAGCUACGAGAGAGUCUUCAGAAACCGCGCCAUUCGCAUGCGCAAAAAGCAGUUUGACAAGGUUUCAUCCGCACCAUUGGAGAAUCG